CCGCCUUUAUGGCUGCACGCAGGGCCACUGGCUAGCACAGGGGCUAGAGCCUAGAGCCAGUGGGACUGCUAGAGCAAGUAGAGGAGAGCGCGAAGUUCCUGUUACAAGUUUGGUCGAGAGUUUAAAUGCACUCGCGUUGGUUAUGCAGACGGUUAAGUUACUCAAACGAAACACGUCAUGAGCUGGAACCCACUGAAACGGUUGUCAAAGGCAUCGUCGAGGAACUCUCCGGGCGCCGAACUUGACGAGAGAACUAUCGAGGAAUUCGUGUCCAAGUUCGUUCGACUCGAGAGGGACACGAAGAAGCUCCACAAUGAUGCUAAGAAGUACGAGGACACAAUGCUGGCCCUGUACCACUGUGAGAAAAAGAUGAGCAGCGACCUGGCUAGUGGCGAGCUGUGCAACGAGAGCCCCGAGCUGCGCCGUCUCGUCGAAGAAUGGCUUGGCUUUGCUUCCUCCAUGGAUACGGCCGUCGAUGACCAUCUCGUGGCCAUCCGACGUUGUUUAGUGGACCCUCUUAAACGUUACCAGAGUGUGUUUGCCGAGGUGCAGGCAGCGCUGAAACGGCGUGACCAGGCAGCCCAGGAGUGCUUGCGCCUGGAGCAACGUGCAGAACGGCUGAGCGGCCGCGAAUCAACAGGCGCCAACCUGGCACGUCUGAGUGAAUGCCGACAGGCGCUAGAGGCAGCCCGGGCCGAUCUGGCCACCCAGGGGGCGCUACUGGCUCAAGACUUGCCUCGCUGGUACGCAGCCAGCAGUCUCUACCUGCAGCCAUGUCUUGAGGCUUUGGUGCAUAGCCAGACACUGCACUGGGGGCAGGCAGCCACCCGUGCCCACGACCUUAUGGCUCCGGGGACACGCAACCCUGUGGAACAGCAGCUGGCUGCUGCCAGAUCUCUCUCUAUUGUUAGUCUGCCCACCUAGGCACACUCCUACAAUAAUUGCUGCUUUUUGAUUCAAGGUCUGCUCCGUACUGUGCUGUGCACCCCAUGCAGAACCGUCCCUGUUGAUGCUGUGGGCUCACGAUUUCUCCUGCACUGUUUUGUGCAGAUAUGGCUCAAGAUUAAUUGGUUGUUGUAUUUGUGCAUGUUUGCAGUUUCGUUAUAUAAGCAAUAAACUCCGAGAAAAGAA